AUGCCCAACACAGGAACCACAGGAGGAGGCCUCAUCGACCCAUGGAAGACUGAUGACUUGAGUGGAAAGGAGGAAGGUCUCAUGUCUUUGGUAAGCAAACUUGUAGGUUUCCGUAUGAACGUGCAAACAGCAUUCCUGUGGUGGAUUGGGCUGUUGCAAGCAGACAAAUUCAGGUAUCGAAAUGAGCAUGUGCGGGCUGCCCAAGUUCAAGUGCAUGAUUGCUGGGCUGUUGUGUACAACUGGCAAAUUUUCAGCGAAGAUGAAGCGACGACGUAUGUGAAGAGCUUGGUCUACGGGGCGGGAUUGACCAAGAAUGCAGGUGCAGAGACACAGUCAGACAUGAGAUACAUGAGCCAGGACCCAUUUCAGUAUGAUCCUGAUGUAUGCACCACCAGACAGGCCACACUGUCGGUAUGCCAUUCAAGAUCUGACAGAAAGAUCUUCGAGAGCAAAACAGAAGUGCAAGCAGCCAUCGGGGAUUUUCGUGUUGAGUUUGCGGUGGGCCUCAUUCAGCCUGACGAGCUUCAUGAUGAAGGGGAGUUGGGCCAUCCUGCGCUCACACAUUAUCAGAGGAGGCAACGUCAGAGGAGGCAGAGCAAGAUGCAAACUGAGGAGAUGUUUGUGGAAUGCGAGCAGUCUGAGGAGGAGGAGGAGGAGAUUGUAGAGGAGUGUAGACGCAGCAAGUUCCAGUGCAGCGAAGGCCGCCCAUUCCGCAAAUUGGAUGCUGAAGCUUUAUCCUCUAUUUUGCCCAGGGCUAGCGUGUUGGUGGAGCAGUCACUGUUGGAGAAGUUUCCACAGGAGCUGGCUGGGGAGCGUUUGGCCAACGCGAAGCCCACGGUGAAUGCGCCCAAAAGCAUCUCCCAAGUCUCACAGAUGAAGGUUUUGCUCCAAGCCGGGAAGUGGGCCUCUGCCGGUGAAGCUGGUCGCUGUGGAGCUGUCCGAAGCUGGCGGAUUCACCGAUCAGUGCGACGGGAGAUUGAGUUUCACAAAGCCAUCGCUAUUAGGUACGGAGUCAAGGAAGUGCCUUACUGCAUGAUGUUCCUGGGCGGUCAGCAAGUCUAUGCGAAGAGGAUCCAUGGCCUCCGCAUGGCUCCUCGUGAUGCUGCUGCGGCCAAGCCAAAGGAUCACUGCCUCAUCAUCAUUGGUGAUGGUGGUGCGGCGGAUGAAAUCCUGGCCAAGCGGCGCUUGGCUGCUGGGGGGCGCUUGGCGCAUUUUCAGACCCAAGGGCCGGGCGAUCCAAGAAUCUCGCAGCAUUCCAUCGAGGACGGCAGCAGCUUCGACUACUUUACCUGGCAGCCACCCUCUUCGAAGAUGCAGGUCUCCAACUUCGCGCAGAGAUUGCAGGGAAGACGUCGAACCUUUUGGACCAAGAACGGCCCAGAUGGCGUUGAACUUGAAGAGGGUCAUCGUCUCAGCAUCAAUGCGGGCGUGGAUGGGAAGAAGAGGCAUGUGUCUUUGUCCGACGCGGAGGGGAACGUCCUCGUGAGCAUGUCUGGAGAGGUCGUGUUGGAUGUGGACGAAGACACAGCCAAGAACCUGGCGGUUGAGGUUCGAAACACCGAGAUCAACGCGUUCGGCAGCUUUUCAUGGCGCUUCGUCCGCCUAGCGAUGCUGAUACAGCUGGUAUGGCAGGUCUCGAAGCUCUACUUGUCGAUAGCUUUUGAGCAAGAUGCGACCGUUGGGAAAGUGCCAUGGGCUCGGAACCUACUUUCAUCUUUGAGCUGGUCGCUCACAGGACAGAUCGUGUGCACGGAGAUGUGGUGCUACAGCUUGACGGGAGAAGCAGCCACUGUGGCCACCCAUGUGGUGGCCAAUUUGAGUUCCACCGCGGGGAUCAUGUUGGUGAGCUAUUUCCAGUUUUCCGAGUUCUUCUUGUGCUUCGUGGGAGUGAGCUUCUCAGCCAGUUGUGCCAUCAGUGGCUUGGCCACUGCGCCUGGCUUCCAAUAUUUCAACACCAUGGACCGGCAUCCGGAGCGACGUUGGAAGCCGCGCGACGCGGAGGGCCUGGGGCCGUUGGUCGGCGACCAGAUCUACGUGGCGGCGCCAUGCUUGAUCUUCUCGGCCCAUGGCUUCGCGGAGGCGUGUCGCUUGGCGGCGACCCUGGCCGGAGCCAUCAACAGUGGCGGGUUCGCUUGGGUCCCGACCACCUGUUUGGGAAUUGCCUUGAACCUCUCAGCACGACUUGGAUGGUCUCGCUUCGCCCUGAUGCAAAUCACCAAGAAACUCCGUGGAGGUCCAGCUGCCAUGGCCAUUUUUGCACCGACUGGCUGGAGCAAAUUUCAUGAUGAGCUCAAGAUCUACUGUGGAUACUACAGGUUCGUCCUGGUGUUGGCGCUCUGUGCCGUGCGCGCCAUCAUUUACCGAAGCUUUUCGGCCGUGGAUGCCCCGUUGGCCCCGGCCUUCAACCUGUCCGCCACCAUUCUGAUCCCGGUGCUUUUGACGGCCGAGUUUAUCGAAGAUCACAUUGUCACCAAUGAGCUCCUGCCGAUCAACCCGGCUGGGCCAGGGCUGCUGAAAAUCAACGCAGCAGGAGACAAUGCAGAUCCUUGUCAACUCAUCACCUUGGAGCAUUUGCCGAGCGUCGCCGAGAACGACCCCUGGAAGAUGAUGGAGCUUCAGACUGCGAGUCGAAGGUCCAAGAUGAACUUUGACAUGUCGAAUUGCGAGGGUCCGCCGCAGAAGACGGUCUCCUUGAGCUUCAGCGAGACCUAUGUCUGGUUGAGUUUCAUUGGGAUCGUAGCGGAGUUCACUGCGGGUCUCCUGGGCUUGCUGGUGGGUGCGGGCUACAUGCGUGGCUUGUGCCCAGCGCCCCUAGAGGGCAUGGAGCGUAUUCUGGGGCUUGUGACAUGGAGCGUGCCAUUACCAUGCUAA